ACCUGUUGCUCCUGGGGUCCCUCCCCUGUGCUCUGGCCAUGGCCCCGUGCAAAGAGGAGGAGUACCCGGUGGGCUCCGAAUGCUGUCCCAAGUGCAGCCCAGGUUACCGGGUGAAGGAGGCCUGUGGGGAGCUGACCGGCACGGUGUGUGCCCCCUGUGACCCAGGGACCUACACGGCCCACCUCAAUGGCCUGAGCGAGUGCCUACAGUGCCGAGUGUGUGACCCAGCCAUGGGCCUGCUGACCAGGCAGAAGUGCUCCCAGACCAAGAACACUGUGUGCAUGUGUGACCAGGGCUACCUCUGCGUCCGUGAGGAUGGGGACGACUGUGCAGACUGCAGUCCCCACACGUCCUGCAGACCCGGCCACAGGGUGCGGGCCAGAGGCACGGAGUGGCAGGACAGGGUGUGUGAAGACCGCCCUCCUGGGACCUUCUCACCCAGUGGGACCCUGGAGGAGUGCCAGCCCUGGAGCGCAUAGGCAUGACGGCCCUUUGCAGACACAAGCGGA